AUGAUCUCGUCGGAGCACAAUAUUCGGGUGGAUGCUCGUCAGUGUUGUUCAAAGUCUAGUUCUACAGCACUUCAUACAUUUACAUUUCGUCAUUGGUUCGCAAUGCCCCAGAAAAGCAUAGAAAUCUACGCUGCAGACAACUCCGGUUUUGGUCCUAAUCCUCAUCCAACGAGUGACGUGAAAUCCUCCAACCGUGCCGAUCGCCUUAGUCAUCUUGUCUUCAAAGAAUCCUUGUCUGGACCUGAUGCUGCUUCUAUUUGCAGACGAUUUGCUAUACGCCUGUCCCAGAGGCUGGUUAAUGCCAACGUUAAAGAUUACUGGACAUAUAUGCCGGAUCUUGUCGUGUUUUUCCAGCUACAUAUGACUCCUGCAAACACGGAAUCUUUGUGGGGGACACAUCUGACCGAAAACUCGAACUUUUGCUCCGACUUUUGGAAGUUCAAUCGACAGCUACAACACUUCUCGUGGCAUCUGCCGCGUUGGAUGAUCCCAAAAGCAUAUUCACACCGAGAUCGCUUAUUAGAAGCUAUGAAGCAGUGGCAGCUUCACCUGACAGACCGCGAAACUGCUCCUUGGGACGAGGACAUCUAUGAUGCCCAACGAUGGGGAUCAAGGCUUAUGAGAAAAUGGCAGAAAUUAUUUCUACAGAUGGACAACACCAACGAAGAGGCUCUUGCAUCAGUGAAUCUGACAUUCUCGUGGGCAGUAAACUCAAACGUUGUUCCAUCCACUUUCUGGGCAGUACUCGAAAUAUUUCGCCGACCUGAACUGCUUUUCCAAGUUCGGAAGAGGCUCCCAGAUAUACGAACCACUGCUGGGUUCCUCCAGCACUUUUCCGAUUCUGAGAAGAGAGCCAGCAUUUGCACAGAACCACUUUUGCAAUCCAUUUUUGCCGAGACUCUCAGGCUUCGAGUUCACGUCUAUAUGGCGAGACUAUUUAUUCACGAUUCGGUCGAUCUCGACGGCUGGCGAAUUCCACAAGGCAAACUUUGUCUAGUUUCGUCACAUCCGGCACAUAUGCAUGGCUCCGAAUGGAACACUGCUGGAGGAAAACACCCUUUAGAGGAAUUUUGGCCUUAUCGGUUUUUGGUUCCAAGCGAAAAUGUCUCCAAUCAAUCAGAAUCCGUUCCAGCUCAAGCAUCCAACGAAGAGCUUCAAGCAAAUAUGUCCUUUUCACUCAACGGCCUCGACGGAUCGUGGAUUCCCUUUGGUGGCGGACCGCGGGGUUGUCCUGGUCGCUUCCUCGCCAAACACCAUAUGAUUACAACAAUGGCCUCAAUGGUUCUCCUUUUUGAGAUCGAUAUCCUCGCAAAAGAACGAGCGUUUAGAAUGGAUGAAACGAAAUAUGGGGCGGGUACCUUGCACCCAGUAGGCGAAAUCCCUUUUAGGAUUAGAAGUAGGUUUGCGGGAGGCAGCAUGUAG